AUGAAAUUUCUUUCUUCUAUAACAGAGUACUUCGCACCAGGAGAAAAAGAGCCAAUUUCAAUGGGUGUCAUUGAGAUAUCUCUAACGCACAUGAGAUACAACAAAUCAGUCAGAGUAGAGUACAACACAAUGGAAGUUGUACUGAGCCCAACAAAUCUAUCGACCAAAUACGAUAUAUUCAGCAAUACAAGUGUAAUAUACAUAAAUAAAAUACCGUACAGUGUAAAGGACCGAAUCAUAGUGACCCGGAACAUGGAGAUGCAGAUUAAAGUAACAAAGAGCAAAGUAAAGAUAAAGGAAAGCGACUUUACGCGUAUCCGGCUCCUGGGACAGAGCACCUCCAAGGUGUAUCUAGUGCGGUAUAACCAGUCCAAUCGCCUAUAUGCAUGCAAGAUCAUAAAGAAGUCCAAGAACACCAAAAACAUCAUCAACGAGAGGAACCUUCUUGUUAAGUUGAAGAAGUCGCCUUUUCUUAUCACUCUUCUGCUUUCUUUUCAGUCUCAGACAGAGCUCUUUCUGAUUCUCCCAUACUACAGAUUUGACCUGUUUACUAUUUUGAGCAUACUUCCACAGUAUGCAAUUAAAAUAUACUUCUGCGAGCUUCUGAUUGUUCUGGAGCAUAUGCACAGCAAAAACAUUAUAUACAGAGACAUAAAGCCGGAAAACAUUCUUAUUGGGCCAAACAACCACAUACUUCUGUGCGACUUGGAUAUAUCAGUAGAGUCUAGCAGCGACAGCCCCGCCAUAAACAACACAUCGGGCACGCUGGAGUACAUGCCACCAGAGGCUCUUACGCACACAAAAAGCUCCAAGAGAUACACAAGCAAAUACGACUACUACACUCUUGGUAUACUUCUGUAUGAAAUGGUUGUGGGGCACACACCGCAUAGAAUAACUGACAACGAGGACGAGGAUGAUCUGAAAAACAAGAUACUCUACGAGGAGAUAGAGUACCCAGAUAUAGAUGCGCACAUAGUGGACAUCAUCAGCAAGCUGACAAAGAAAGACCCUACAAAAAGAAUAUGCCAUAAAGAAAUAGCUGCACACCCAUGGCUAGCCAACAUAGACUGGGACAAAAUAAGAAACAAAGAGUAUGUUAUACAGCUAGAAAUAGAAGAAAAGCAAAAGAUCAAGGAGCCAGAAAUAGAAGAAACUGUGAGCAUAGAUAACGAAAGUGGAAGAACAACUGUGCCUGGCUUUACAUGGAUUGAUGAAGAGUGGGAUGAGGAAUAA